UUUUCUCUCCCUUCCCAGGAUCCCAUGUGUCAGAAGACAGUAGAGAUUGUACACCGUGCACAAAUGGAGCGGGUCACACAGUCAUUCAGACGCCUGCCCUGCUUGCUGACUUUGUAUGAUUUGCAAUCAGGUGAACAGGAGAGAAGUAAAUGCACCGGGACCAGAGAAACGGAGUGUCGGUGCAAACGUGGCACUUUCCACGGAGAAGAUUUCCCCGAGGUCUGCCAGACGUGCAGCAGCAGGUGCCCUGAUGGGAUGGUUGAGGCCGGUCCCUGUACCCCCUGGAGUGACCUCAAGUGUGUCCACCAAGGAUCAGGCAAUCCAUGGCUGGUGAUUGGGAUUGUAGCUGUGGCUGUGGCUGUGGCUGUCCUGCUGCUGGGGCUGACUGUGUAUCUUUACCGGAGGCGCAUCCUUCAAGGUUGUGAAGUGGCUGCCAACUGCAUAAACAGAGUCUUUUUCUGGCGCUCCUGUCCCCCAAGAGGACCUGAGGCUCUGGACAACGCCUACAACAAGACCCUGAACAACAGAGAGUCGUCGUCCACCCUGGCUUCUGAGCAGGAACUGGAAGGCAAGGAGCAGGCAGAGCCGACAGGUGUCAGCGCACAGUCCCCAGGGGAAGCAGAGUGUCUGCUGGGACCUGCAGGAGCUGAAGGGUCUCAGAUGAGAAGGAGGCUGCUGGUUCCAGCCAACGGUGCAGACCCCACUGAAAAAGCUGUUCAUGCAGCAGAUGAGCCUCAUGGACAGUGAGAUCCCUGCAUCCAGAGCUGGAGCCUCGGGCCCACAGGAUGCCCUGUGUGAAAUACCGGUGACCUGGCUCAACAGUACGGGGCGAGGUGCC